AUGAGUGAUAUCGGAACUUCUUCGUCGUCGCCAUUUCUCAGAAAAAGAACAACAGUCGGAAAAGAUUCGAUGGGUCGCGAUGCUGAGGUAAGGGUUUUCGGACCCAGAUUCCAGUCUGGUUUGGCGGUGCCCCGGAACAAGCAGAUCUCACUGCAGGGCUUCGUCUUGAGUGGAUUUGCUAUUGUUGUCACUGCCGGUAUCAUGUUCCUUUUAGGAGUCAACAUCGUGAUCGAGUACCGUACCAUAGUUCCCGAGGAUCGUUCUGGGAUGGUGCGUAAAGCAUGCUUCAUCGUCCUGAGUGUUGCAGGGAUCUACAUCUUGAACAAAUUCAACUACUGGUUCUACAGGAGGAUGAUGGCAUACUUCACCAACACGAAAUACGAGGGUUUACCGUCGCAUGAGGAGCAGUUUGAGAUGUCGUCGCGCGCGUAA